ACUGCUCCUCCUCCUACUUUCACCACUACUACUGCUCCUAAACCUACUACUACUACUGCUCCUACUCCUACCACUACUACUACUACUACUACUGUUCCUACU